AUGGCUUCAGAGAAGGUCACCGUUGCUGGCCCCCUUCCCUCCGCUUUGGGAUCGACGAAGCCAAAGGGGAUGCGGAAAAACGGUAAAAAUUGGCAUGCGCCCAAGAAGGCCUUUAGACCCACUGCCGGACAGACCUCGUACGCGAAACGCCUAGAAGAGCGAAAAGCCAUGGCGGUGAUGAAGGAGAAAGAAAAGGAGAUGAAGGAGGAGAAAGAAACGACAAGACAGGCACGCAUACAAGCCAUCAAGGACCGAAGAGCAGCCAAGGAAGAGAAACAGCGAUAUGAGAAGUUGGCCGAGAAGAUGCAUAGGAAACGAGUCGAGCGGAUGAGGAAGCGCGAGAAGAGGAAUAAACUGCUCAAUUCUUAG